GGAGUUUCCCGGCGACAGCCGUAAGUGGCGGGCGGAAGCGGCCCGCGUAGUCAGCCGUAAACGGCUCCCUGGCGCCACUUCCGGCCGUCUUCCGCAGACGGCGCUGGUGGGCGAUCGUGAGGCGCCGGAGGACGUUCCCCGCGGCCGGAGCCAUGGAGAUGCCUCUACCGCCCGACGACCAGGAGCUUCGAAAUGUCAUCGACAAGCUGGCUCAGUUCGUGGCUCGCAAUGGGCCUGAGUUUGAGAAGAUGACGAUGGAGAAGCAGAAGGACAAUCCGAAAUUCUCGUUUCUGUUUGGAGGCGAGUUCUACAGUUACUACAAGUGCAAGCUGGCGCUGGAGCAGCAGCAGCUCAUCUGCAAGCAGCAGGCCCCAGAGUUGGAGCCUGCCACAGCCAUGCCACCCCUGCCACAGCCGCCGCUGGCCCCUGCUGCACCUAUCCCACCUGGCCAGGGUGCACCAUCCAUGGACGAGCUCAUCCAGCAGAGCCAGUGGAACCUCCAGCAGCAGGAACAGCACCUGCUGGCCCUCAGACAGGAGCAGGUAACAGCGGCCGUGGCUCACGCCGUAGAGCAGCAAAUGCAGAAGCUCCUGGAGGAGACCCAGUUGGACAUGAAUGAGUUCGACAACCUGUUGCAGCCCAUCAUUGACACGUGCACCAAGGAUGCCAUCUCGGCUGGGAAGAACUGGAUGUUCAGCAAUGCCAAGUCCCCACCACACUGUGAGCUGAUGGCAGGCCACCUUCGGAACCGCAUCACAGCUGACGGGGCACACUUUGAGCUGCGGCUACACCUUAUCUACCUGAUCAAUGAUGUGCUGCACCACUGCCAGCGCAAGCAGGCCCGGGAGCUGCUGGCCGCCCUGCAAAAGGUUGUGGUGCCCAUAUACUGCACCAGCUUCUUGGCCGUGGAGGAGGACAAACAGCAGAAGAUUGCCCGGCUCCUGCAGCUCUGGGAGAAAAAUGGCUACUUCGAUGACUCCAUCAUUCAGCAGCUGCAGAGCCCAGCUCUAGGACUUGGCCAGUACCAGGCAACUCUCAUCAAUGAGUACUCCUCAGUGGUGCAGCCUGUGCAGCUGGCUUUCCAGCAGCAGAUUCAGACCCUCAAAACGCAGCAUGAAGAGUUUGUCAACAGCCUUGCCCAACAGCAACAGCAGCAACAGCAACAACAGAUCCAAAUGCCACAAAUGGAAGCAGAAGUCAAGGCCACACCACCACCACCUGCUCCGCCCCCAGCCCCAGCACCUGCCCCGGCCAUCCCACCAACUACCCAGCCUGAUGACAACAAGCCUCCUAUCCAAAUGCCAGGCUCUUCAGAGUAUGAUGCCACAGGAGGGGUCCAGGAUCCUGCAGCCACUGGACCCCGAGGCCCUGGGCCUCACGACCAGAUGCCACCUAACAAGCCCCCUUGGUUUGACCAGCCUCACCCUGUGGCUCCUUGGGGCCAGCAGCAGCCACCGGAGCAGCCUCCCUACCCACACCACCAAGGCGGGCCACCCCACUGCCCACCCUGGAACAACAGCCACGAGGGCAUGUGGGGUGAGCAGCGUGGAGACCCUGGCUGGAAUGGCCAGCGUGAUGCGCCCUGGAACAGCCAACCUGACCCUGCCUGGAACAGCCAGUUUGAGGGCCCCUGGAAUAGCCAGCAUGAGCAGCCACCCUGGGGUGGGGGCCAACGCGAACCACCCUUCCGCAUGCAGCGGCCACCACACUUCCGUGGGCCAUUCCCACCCCACCAGCAGCACCCACAGUUCAACCAGCCGCCACACCCCCACAACUUCAACCGCUUCCCACCUCGCUUCAUGCAGGAUGACUUCCCCCCUCGGCACCCCUUCGAGCGGCCACCCUACCCUCACCGUUUUGAUUACCCUCAGGGUGACUUCCCUGCAGAGCUGGGCCCCCCUCACCACCACCCUGGCCACCGCAUGCCUCAUCCCGGGAUCAACGAGCACCCACCCUGGGCUGGGCCCCAACACCCCGACUUUGGCCCUCCCCCCCACGGCUUCAACGGGCAGCCCCCCCACAUGCGACGACAGGGCCCACCCCACAUCAACCAUGAUGACCCCAGUCUGGUCCCCAAUGUGCCCUACUUCGACCUCCCUGCUGGGCUGAUGGCCCCCCUUGUGAAGCUGGAAGACCACGAGUACAAGCCUUUGGACCCUAAGGAUAUCCGCCUCCCGCCCCCCAUGCCACCUAGUGAGAGGCUUCUGGCUGCUGUGGAGGCCUUCUACAGCCCCCCAUCCCAUGACAGGCCCAGAAACAGUGAAGGCUGGGAGCAGAAUGGCCUCUAUGAGUUCUUCCGAGCAAAAAUGCGGGCCCGGCGGAGGAAAGGCCAGGAAAAGAGGAACAGUGGACCUUCAAGAUCUCGGAGCAGAUCCAAGAGCCGAGGGCGGUCUUCCUCCCGCUCCAACUCAAGAUCCUCAAAGUCAUCAGGCUCAUACUCGAGGUCAAGGUCACGGUCCUGCUCCCGCUCAUACUCCCGUUCCAGAUCCAGGAGCCGUAGCAGAUCUCGCUCCUGGAGGAGCCGCUCCCACUCUCGGUCCAGGUCCAGGUCUAAGUCAUACUCCCCAGGAAGACGACGUCGGUCGCGGUCUAGGAGUCCCAUCCCACCUUCCUCGGCUGGUCUGGGUUCUAAUUCAGCACCUCCUAUACCUGACUCAAGGCUUGGAGAAGAGAACAAAGGCCAUCAGAUGCUGGUGAAGAUGGGCUGGAGUGGCUCUGGUGGCCUCGGUGUGAAAGAGCAAGGUAUCCAGGACCCCAUCAAGGGGGGGGACGUCCGGGAUAAGUGGGACCAGUACAAGGGUGUGGGUGUGGCCCUGGACGACCCCUACGAGAACUACCGCCGGAACAAGAGCUACUCUUUCAUCGCUCGUAUGAAGGCCAGGGAUGAGUGUAAGUAGGGCCGGCAAACCAGGAGCAGCAGCAUUGGCUGUUGGGACCUUCCUGGUUCACUGGCAGUGGAAGAUCAUAGUGACAGCUCAGUUCUCACACAGCCUCCAUGUUUGGGGAACUACAGGAAAAGAAGGAAGACUAACGCACACCUUGCCAGGAGCACCAUGCUCAUGGUAUGGAAAGGCUACUGGCUCUACCUAUGAACUACACCAGGAGGUACCACAGCCACCAAGGCUGUGGGCUUAUUUUCCUUUACAGUGAAGCAAGAAACACAAGACCCUCCAUCCCCUGAGUAAGAAUUCUUCACACCUGAAGGAAUGGAUGUGUGCGUCUUCCUUAAAUCAGAUUCUGAGCCUCCUCAUAGGCUCCAGUAGGAGCAUGUGGAAGAGGGGCCCAGAGCCAGCAGGUUCCAACUCGCCUGCCCUCUUUGGCUGUGUAGUGCUGAAGCCAUGGCCAGGUGCCAUGAAUGCUUAUGAUUGGAAAACAGAAAAACAAAAUCUUUUUGACUUGCAAUGUUAAGCAGGGUUUUCAUUUUUACCCCUAUUGGUUUAGUUUUAAAAAAGAGAAUAUUGACCUGAGACGAUCCCCAGUGAGAUCACUUGAAAUCUGAUUCUUCUAAGAUACACUGGCCCUUAAUUCAGUUACUUUAGUUGUAUAAGUUGGUAUUUUUUUCUGGAAUGUUAGCUAUUUGCUAUUUGGAGAAAGAAGGUUCUAAUAAACCAAUCUGAAGUAUCUUCAGGUCAAGGAGCGCAAGCCUUGGAGUCUGUGCACUUAGUGUCUCUACUUGUGUUUCUCGCUUAGAAGCUCCCCAACACCAGCACAUUGUGCAACAGCCCGUUCCGAUCUAGAGCAUGGAGUUCAACCCCCUGGCUAGGGCCUCCUGCUCUGUCAUUUCAUUUGCACACCCCCACCCCACCCCCUAAGGGAGGUGAAGCCCAGAGGGGAGCUGCCUCUGCCAGAAGCUGAAGGUAACCAUGCCAGGAUUGGCCACAAUUUGUGGCCAUGGGCAGCUCAGUGUGGUGCCGUUUGUUUGUACAGAAACAUUUUUGGAAAAAUUCUUUUCAUUAAGAUGCAAAAUCCCUUCCAUCUUUUCAACCCAAUGUAAUAAAAUAUUUGAUUUUGUUCUAGAUUUUCUGUAGCUGUGAAUUGUUCAAACCUGUCUGAUCCAGGAUAAAAUGUAAACAUGUGCUGUUAACAAUUUCUUGUGGAUUUUACUGUUUUGCUUUCAAAUAAAGACUUUUUUUAAAGA